CCCACAGACGAGCUGCGUGGAGCGGUCAGAAUGUUCCUAUAUUACCCGCUCCUAUGCGCGGGGUUCACAGUCACCUGAGCAGUCAGAUAGUUUAACUUCCAGCCAGGACCUCAAGGAUGUUUCCGAACUUUUUGUUUUGUUUGUGAUUUUUUUUUUUACGGUGAAUUUUUGGAUGAUUAAUCGCAACAGCAGCAUGAGCGCGGGCAAAGUUUUGACCGUUCUGAUGGACCUGCGCGUCGUGGUUCUUCUUGUGCACUUGACGCACACUGGCACCAAAGCGUCAGCAUUGGGGCAUGGAGAGCUGGAUGUGCAGUGCCCUUUGGGUCAGUUCCCCUGUGGAAACAUGAGCCUGUGUCUGCCCCAGGCUUUACAAUGCAACGGACACAUGGACUGUCCCAACGGCGCAGAUGAAAGACGCUGUGGGGACAACGCAGGCUGGGCAGACUUAUUCGGACAAACUCUGCAGAGCAUCAGUCCAGUGGAAUAUUACAUCCUCACUGACUGCUUGCUGCAGGAGUACCCAGAGAGCUGUGAGUGUGUUGUGACAGAAGUCAUGUGUGUGAGGGUGGGGCUACAGGACGUCCCACGACUGUCCCCAAAUGUCACCUGGCUGUCUCUCAGAAGUAAUAAAAUCAAGAAGUUGUCAGAUUAUGUCUUCUCUGAGUACUCUGCACUGGAGAGAUUGUUCCUGCAAAACAACAGUCUGCAACUCAUCUCCAAAAAUGCUUUCAGUGGCCUUUACAGUUUGAAAAGAUUGUUUCUGAGUGAAAACUUGAUCUCGUCCCUGAGUCCUGGUGUGUUCAAGGACCUGCAUCAGUUAGAGUGGCUGAUAUUGGACCAUAACCCUGUAACCAGUUUGUCAUCGGACACAUUCUUUGGUCUUCAGUCUCUUCUUUACCUGUCGAUGGUGGAUAUGUCCCUUAAGCAGCUGCCUCACCCCAGCUUCUGUCAGCACAUGCCCUCCCUGGACUGGCUGGAUCUUGAAGGAAACCAGAUCCAGACCCUGAACUACUCCAUCCUGAAGACAUGCAGUAAACUGGAAGUACUAUUACUGAUGGGAAACAAGAUCAGCAGUAUCCCUGAAAAUACCUUUCAGUCUUUGUGGAAACUUGCUGAACUAAAUUUGUCCAGUAAUCGAAUUAGAGAGCUGUCCAAAAACACCUUCAAGAACCUGUCCAAGUCCCUGCUCAAACUAAAUAUUUCCUAUAAUCCACUGUUGCGUAUCCACUCUGGCCACUUUAACCACCUGACACAUCUCCAGUCCCUGGCCUUGGAGGGAAUCGAAAUCCAAAACAUUCAGACCAAGAUGUUUUUGCCAAUGAAGAACCUCUCCCAUAUUUACUUCAAGACAUUCCAGUAUUGUUCAUAUGCUCCCCAUGUGCGUUCCUGUAAGCCCAACACUGAUGGCAUCUCUUCCUUUGAGGACCUUUUGGCGAGCAUGGUGCUGCGUGUGUCUGUUUGGGUCAUAGCUUUCAUCACCUGCUUUGGAAACCUCCUCGUCAUUGGCAUGAGGUCCUUGAUCCGCGCUGAAAACAACCUGCACGCAGCCUGCAUUAAAGUGCUUUGUUGUGCAGACUGUCUUAUGGGGGUGUACCUAUUUUUUGUUGGGAUUUUUGAUGUGAAAUUUCGGGGACAGUACAACCGUAAUGCCCUGAUCUGGAUGGAGAGCAUUGAGUGCAAGACCAUUGGAUUUCUUGCCAUGCUGUCGUCUGAGGUGUCAGUCCUCCUUUUGACUUACCUAACGCUGGAGAAGUUCCUGGUCAUUGUUUUCCCCUUCAGUAAUCUACGUCCAGGCAAACUGCAAACUGGGGUUGUCCUCUCAUCCAUUUGGCUCACUGGCUUCAUAAUUGCUGCUGUGCCUUUAAUGAACGAAGAGAUAUUUGGGAAUUACUAUGGGCGUAAUGGGGUCUGCUUUCCUCUGCACUCUGACAGACAAGAGAAACCAACAGCCAAAGGAUACUCCACUGGCAUUUUUCUGGGUCUUAACUUGGCGGCCUUCCUCGUGAUCCUCUUCUGCUACUCCAGCAUGUUUUUCUCCAUCUAUAAAACCGGCAUCAACGCCACAGACCUGAGGAGCCGGCUGCACAAAGACGUGGCUGUGGCCAACAGGUUUUUCUUCAUCGUGUUCUCUGACGCCCUCUGCUGGAUACCCAUAUUUUUGGUCAAAAUUCUUUCUAUCCUGGAAGUAGAGAUUCCUGGCACAAUUUCCAGUUGGGUGGUCAUCUUUAUCUUGCCCAUCAACAGUGCUCUGAACCCCAUCCUGUACACCUUGACCACCAGCUUCUUCAGAGAGCAGGUAGAGAUGCUGCUCUGUCGGUGGCAACGCAGACACUCUCUAAAAAAGGAUGGGAAAAGUCUCACCUCCUCCACAGUAUUCAUGGAAACGUCCCGGGGGUCUUACCAACCUGCCUACCUGCAGCAGGUAUCAUUGACUGAUGACCCGCAAUAUGAUUAAACCGUUAGAGGUACGACCAAUUAAGCUAAAAAUGUUUUUUUCUACAUAAAUAAGCUUUAUGGAUGCUGUAAUAUACUGAAUCUUUUCAUGUUCUGAACUGACUCAAAACAAGUGAAAAAAAACAACAACAGACUUGAUCAGCAAAGUCAUCACACUUGCAUGUCAUAUUUGGUUAUCGCUUUGACAGAGAGCAAAGAACAACAUUGAAGAAACCAACAUUGCAUCCACCUCUCAUCCCAGGGAUAUAUUAUAACUGUGCUCAAUCAAAACUGUUUUCUUUUCACUAUGUUGUAUGUUGUCUCCCUGAAAUGAGUUGGAAGCUGCCAAAAAUAUCUGUUCAUAUAAAGUUAAGUGAUGUUAUGAACUAUGGGCUGGGAUCAG